AUGUGGCGUCACCGUUUGUUGGUUUGGGAGGAGGAGGAGAGCGUGAAGAAAUGUUCCAUUUUAUUUCUUAACACUGUUUUGCAAGAAAAUGCUAAUGAUACCUGGAGAUGGUUAUUAGAUACUGCUAAUGGCUACACAGUAAGUGGAGCUUACAGCUUUAUUACCACCUCAGGCGAUCUGGUGGAUAGAAGUCCUGUCGACGACGUAUGGCACAAGCAGAUUCCUUCUAAGGUGUCUCUGUUUGUGUGGCGCCUCUUUCGUAAUAGAUUACCUACAAAAGAAAACUUGGUGCAUAGGCGUGUAAUCCAACCAGACAACGUGGCGUGUGCUUCGAGGUGCGGUCAUCCAGAAACGGCCAAACAUCUGUUUUUGGAUUAUAACAUUUUCGGUUCUCUUUGGUAUCAUGUGUGGCUUUGGUUGAGUAUUUCCUUUGUAAAUCCUGGUGAUAUUCGACAUCAUUUCCAACAGUUUACUAACAUGGCAAGGUUGCCGCGUGCUACUCAUUUGUUUUUAAGAAUUAUUUGGUUUGCUACUGCGUGGGUGUUAUGGAAGGAGAGGAAUAAUCAUGAUUUCCAAAAUACGGUUUGUUAUUCUUCUAUUCUGCUUGAGAAGGUGAAAUUGAAUUCCUUCUCAUGGCUGAAAGCAAAAGAGACGACAUUUAAUUAUAAUUAUCAUGAUUGA